AUGUCAUAUUCCUCAGUAACAAGCGAACCAGAAAAUGCCACAACCAUAGAUAGCAAAAGAGGAUUAGAUACACACACUUCACCUCUAACUGGAGGUCAAAGGAGUCGUUCAGAUUUGAAGAGACAUAGUUUAUUUAAUAAUAAUUCCAACUCAAUCAACCCUGAAAAACCUCAACAUAUAAAAAUUGGUUUACCUUUUAAUUCUCAAUUAUCCAAAAACUUAAAUAAUGAACAAGAAUUAUAUGGCUCACAUAAUCGUAAAACUAUAAAUGAAAUAUGGGAGAUGGCAUGGGUUGAAAAAGAUAAAUUUAGCAAGAAAUUUUGGUUUGUCUUUGUCAUAACCCUACUCACAUUUUUUGUAUUGACAUUAUCCGGAUUUGUAAUUUAUCUAUAUUACACAAAUGAAGAUUGA